AUGCCGGAUUUCGUGGUGUUCCCCAAUGCGUUGUUCGUCCUGCUCCUUUUCUUUCACGGAAAUGCACUAUCCCAAGAGCUUAAGGAACAGCCGGGUCGAAGUUUGGAGGAGAAAUUCAAAGACAUAAUUCAUGGACUUUUUUCGAACGGAGAGACUAAUGCGGAUGCAGAUGUUGGACUCGAAUCGGGAACUGAUCGACAUAAUGACAGUGGAGAAGAUUUUGCACCAGGGAAUUCCUCUUACUGUGACACAGAAUGCCGGGUCCAUCGCCUCCGAGGGCUGGACAUAGCAGUGAAUAAAGAAUUUUCUGGAGUGUGGGUUCAGGCAAAUUCCAGUAAAUACAGGUCUUAUCCGCCCGACAAACACAAGCUUCAGGACCUAAAGCACGGAAAUUGGACCAUUAUUCACCUUGAAGAAAGUGAAGGGAGUCCACCUUUGAUUGGUUCCUUGAGCGUGGACGCCGACGAACCGAGCCUCUUCUCGCUCGGCUGCCGUGGACCGCCGUGUGCACAGUGCAUCGGAUUCAACUGCAGCAACCCAGAUCUUCCCGUUCCAGACUGCACUCCAUACCUUCUUCAUGGUCUGUCUCUUCCUCUCGACUCUCCCAACAUUACGAUCUAUUGGCGUCCGGAAAAGGCAUAUACUCUGACCCUGAUUUUGGGAAUAAACAGAAGGACGGUUAACGUGCGCGUGAAUGAUCUGAAUCGGACACAUAGGAUUGACAUCAAGACAGGAGAGAUAUAUGUGGAAGUGGACAUCCCAAGCCUCCAUGAAAAUAUCAAAUUGCAAAAACAUGUGGGGAAUGCAACGGUUCCGUUACUCAUCAGGAAUCCCUCAAGCAAGUGGAUUCUGCGCUGCAAUGAUGCAACAACAGAAACUACAACAAUAAUUGCUAAAACUAAUCCAGGAUGGUCAACUAAUACCAGCUCGGGUAAUCUACAAGAAGACUUUGGUUUGUCGCAAAAUAAUGCAACUGCAACAGCAAAGAAGAUGAUUUCUGACUUGAAAAAGGUUAGCCUUCUGCCCAGCGAUAUCAUGAGAGCUGUUGAUGCCCUCACGGCGCUUGAAAAGGAAUAUGAAAAGGAACUCGAUCGUACUGAGAAUGACAGGGCGCUGGAAAUGGCAAAGGAGUACAUGGCUGAUGUCAUUGAGGUGUCAGGAGAGGUGCUUGAGGAGCUGAAUCCCUGGCAGGAGCUGACAGAGGCUGACAGUGAGCGUGCGUCAGGGAAAAUGCAGGCCACAGUCGCGUCAGCAGCUGUCAAAGUCGCGGAACUGCUCAGCAACGGAACAGAGGAUUUCGAGACGGAAAACCUUCAUGUACGCGUAUCCAGUCGUCCUGCGAACGACUACAACGUCACGACUCGCAGAUACGACCACAUUUAUUACCCCAACACUUUCAUUGAGCUUCCUGAAUUGUUCUAUCGCGGUUACGUCAAUGAGGAUAACAACGUGAGGGUCGUUUUUAUGUCAUAUACGACCCUGCACAGCGUCACCAACACUUUACCGCACGAUCCUAAACAGGCUUCCCCCGACGUCUUUCCAGCUAAAGCUCAGGUCAACAGCGGAAUUAUCAAUGCCAUUGUUGGACAAAAGGGACUCUGGCGCGCAGGCGACGGCGAGACAACAAAAGUGAAAUUCGGCCACGUGUACAAAGGCGAUGGGUUCCUCCUCGCCAACCCCAGCUGUGUGUGGUGGGACGAGGGAGCCUACGCCUGGAACACGAGUGGGUGCGCCCUCAAUUACACGGACGCCCACGUAACGAUCUGUCGCUGCAACCACCUGACGUCCCUCGCUCUCCUGAUGGACGUUCGUGGAUUCUUGGCGAAGGAAGGAGUGAGAGAGAACCCCGCCUACCUCGCCGGCAAAUGGCUAACCCUCCUUGGCUGCAGCGCCUCCGCCAUCUGUCUCGUCCUUUGCAUCGUCUGCAUCCUCGCCCUCAAGCAGCUGCGGGAAACCACCUGCUGGAAGACCCGUUGCCAUCUGUGCGUGAGUCUCCUGUUAAUGCAGCUGCUCGUGAUGGGCCUCGACGCCACAGAAACACGGUGGCUGUGCUUAUCCGUUGCUGUGUCGCUUCACUUCGCCAUGCUGUCGGCGUUCACGUGGGGGGCCGUCGAGUCUUUUAACAUGUAUAUGAAGUUUGGCAAGGUAUGGCGUCCGCAGAGGUCAUUGGUCAAGUUCUAUGUGGGCGUCGGAUAUGGCUUCCCCGCUGUGGUAGUUUCGACGACCCUUGCUGUCAGUAAGACUCACGGUUAUUACACUGAGACAACAUGCUGGUUGGCACCCGGGGCGAUGAUGUGGACAUUCUUUGGCAUCGUGGCACUGAUCCUAGCUAUAAACCUCCUCGCCUUCGUGAUGGUGUUGCGCUUGGUCUUAGCGCGAACGAUGAAGGCCAAGAGUCCUCAGCCAGCUGGCACUGAUAGCAAAGGGCAGACUGACCGAAUCUGGGGCACCCUUACCAUCUUCCUCGUCCUCGGCCUCACCUGGUUGACCGGGAUUCUCUACGCCGCUUUCGGGGUUCACACCUACACAUGCUCCUACAAUGCCUCUGUCACAAUAGCUGCUGCUAGACAGACUACCGACUUACCGUCCCGUCACUGGAACCACCUUGAAAGGUGGAAGGACACCCCCUCUGGCCUCUCCCCAGGGGUUUACACCUACACACGUUCCUGCAGUGCCUCUGUCACAUUAGCUGCUGCUAGACAGACCACCGCCCUCCCGUCCCGCUACUGGAACCAUCUUGAAAGAGCCUUUGGAUGCCUGUUUCAGAGGGAAGAGGGAAUCACUUUGAAAGGGCACAAGGCCUCUCCUCCAUCACUGGCCCUGGAAUGCGAUUCGUCGUUUUGGAAUCCGCGGCUUAAAUGGGCCAGCCACGGUGUUUACUCUCCGGUCAGGUCAGGAGAGAGAAAAAGAGGUAGUCUCGCCAAUGCACUUUUCGGUGCGGAGAUCAGAGUACUUCGGUACUUCACCCUCCAUGACGGCUACCUGGCCUUGAUUGAGGACGACGUCCAUGCCGAGAAACUCUUCUCGCAGGAUGUCGUCCAGUCCCUGGAGAAACUUAGUUACUCCCCUGUCCUCCCUGUGGACAUGAAGGCUAAGCUAACGCUUGUCUUCAAAAAACUCGACCGACAAGUCGUAAACGAGGCGGAGCUUGAUAUUGAGAUCACUUCCUCCUUUCCUGACGCCCAAGUUGAGAACAUUUUAAUAAUGAAACUCAAUUACAUCAUCAAGGUCAGGUUCUCUGACCACACCAUGGCCAAGAAGAUAAAAGAGAAGGGGAUAUACCUCUUCAAACUAUAUGUUGCCCCCUGGCAAAUCGAGUUUGAGAGGUAUACUCCCCUCAAUCAAUGGACUGUAAGAGCCCCACCAAGAAAUGCCUUAAUUGCGGCGGUGUCCACAGAACCUUUGUCAACAGCUGCCCCCACCCGAAAAGAGGCCAUGAAGGUCUCCCAAGAGAAGCUUAGGGAGAAGGAAAAGGAAAUCGAAACCAAGCCAUACAGGGCUGUGGUUCAAAAAACAGCACAGGAGGCAGUGCAAGCUUCCACCAGGACCUGGAAGCCACUCAUUAACCAGGUCCGCCAAGAAAUCAAACAGACAAAGUCUGAACCAUCCAUCCAUCUGGCUCUCCCUAACGACCUCUCGAAGGAGAUCCUUGUGGUCCUCCUGCAUGCACACAUGCAAAACAUCAUUGCCCCUGAAAAGGGGUUCAGACAUCAUGCUAGGGUGGCACUGGAGGCUAACAACUUCCCCGCUCUCGACCUUGGGAAAUCCGACUCUUGGGGUAUCCUAAAGGUCAUAAAACCCCCAUCCAUGCCUGUUCAGGACCUGCCUGAACUAUCACUACCCCAGGCACCAAAGCCACAGCCUAUUCAGGCCCAGGCAAUGGAGCCCCGACCUCUGCAGGCUCAAUCUGCUGAGCCUCUACCACAAAGGAUCCAUACACCGAGGCCUCAGCCAUGGCAUCCCCCUCUCGUCAGUCAAUGA